AGCACUGGCUACAAGUUAGCUCUCGCUUCAAACCGUUUCCAGUCACUGGCUUGGACACUCUUCGACUUCUCUCAAUGACGUCAACACUUUACUGACUUUAUCCAUCCAAUUUCAUUGUACGGAAAAUUCCAUUUAAUGAAUCGGUGAUAUUAUUGAGAGCAACGAGAGUGACGUGAUAAACAAUUCAACAAUAUUUGUGUAAAUUGGUUUUUUUUUUUUAAAUUCAUGGAAAAAAGUCGAUGGGUGAUUGUUCGAGUGACAGGGCAGCCGUUUGUAUGGUUCAAGUGUUAAUGAAAUAGUGAUAAUUCGUGUCAAAAUAAUUGAUAGUGAAAGAUAUGAAGAGAGUGCGCCGAUUUAUGGUAUGUGCUCACUGAGAAGACUCACCGGUUUACUUCUAGGUAAACAUGGAAAAAAAGGUGGGUUGUACAGUUUGAAGGUACAAUCCAUGCUAGAUAAAAUACAUUGUCUAUAGUUGAGUAAGAACAUUUAACUGUUUUGAGCGACGGCAAAUAAUUGCUGGAAAAAUUCUAUAUGACACUUGUGAAUGGUGAAAAUCAUCGUGCAAGCCCGGAAAUCGGAGUUAGUAUGUGCACAACGGAGAUGACCGAGGGCUUCACAAUGUCACCAUCAACAGCCUCCUCGAGUGGUACCAAUUCUGGUUGCAUUGGAUCACCCAGCAGCCGUCUGGUAUCAUCAAGAAGUUCACUGGGUAGAGCUAGAGAGGCACGUGAUGAAGAGGACGAUGAUGAAAUAUCAGUGGGUUGUCCAAGUCCACUGCCCCUGGUUGUUGGUGCAACACCACAAGAUGAGGAGGAUGAGAGACUGAGCUCAUCAAGGGAAGAAUACAGCGAAAGACUGAGUCCAAGGAGUUACAUUGAUGAUGAUGAGAGGUAUUCCAGGGAUGGUGAGUACAAUAUCAGUAGAAGAAGAAGUAGAACAACGAGUAGAAGUGAAGUAACCAGUCUCGGUGCUAGAGAGACUGAGGAGGGAGAUGACGAGGAGAGAUCAGGCAAUGGUGGUGAUGAUUACUUCAAGCCAUUGAAGAGACUGAAAAUGGUGCCGAUACAACAAUCCGAUGAAGAGGAUGAACGGGAUCGUGAAGCUAGUGAGCGUGGAGUCAAGUCAUUUAGCAUCAUUGACAUUCUGUCACACCGGCCGAAAGCUAAAAUAGUCAGGCCAUGGGACACAGUUGAAUCUAAUCAUCAUCACAGACAUUUACCCCAGCAUCUCCAUCACACUUCACCUCAUUCCACACCUAGGGAUUUAUCCCUGAUGGGUAUGUCACUGGCUUCAAUGUCAGGCUCAAUGAGCGAACCACCACUGAGCAGCUCCUCAUCAUCCGGAAGAAGUUCUGUAUCAGACUCUGGUAGUCCUGAUCCCCUGGCGCAUCAUCACCAUCAUCAUUCCCUUCACCAUGGAUUACAUCCCGGACUCCAUCAUCCAGCGAUGCAACAGCACUUCAAAAGAAAGUCCAGCCAACAACAGCAUGGCAAUCAUGUGGGACACAAUGGUAAAAGAAGUACUGGUCAGGGUAGUCCACUGGAUGCACUUUUCCAAAUGACGAGCAAGACAUUCGAUGCUGGUGAACACAGUCAAGAGCAAGCGAAUCACCUCAACUUGUUUAACAAUCGACAACAACCCAAGAAGAAACGCAAGAGUCGAACAGCCUUCACGAAUCAGCAGAUUUUCGAGCUAGAGAAACGAUUUCUGUACCAGAAGUAUUUGAGUCCAGCAGAUAGAGAUGAAAUAGCUGCUCAGCUAGGUCUGAGCAAUGCCCAAGUGAUAACGUGGUUUCAAAACAGACGGGCCAAACUCAAGAGAGACAUGGAGGAACUUAAAAAAGAUGUCCAGACUGUCAAUCCCAUGAUGGUUGCACAGCACCAUAAAACAUUCUUGGAGAAUGUCCAGGAUCUUGGAAUAUUGAAAAAAAGACCACUACCAAGUUCCAUGGAUGAAAAAUCAUAAAAAUUAUUGAAAUAAAAAAAAACAAAGUGAUGUUUAAAAUUAAUAGUGAGACACUAAAGUCUUAAUUAUGCCAGUAAAAACUAAAUCAGGCGCGAUGAUUAUCAUAUUGUGAAUAUAACAAAAAUUAAACAUGAAGUCUGGGCAGUCGGCUGCGCCGUUGCAGCGAGACAUUCACAUGUAUAAAGUUUUUUUAAAUGUGUAUUAUAGUGUAAUUUAUUAAAAAUGGAGAAUGCUAUUCCACUGAGGAAUUUCCCUUCUUCAAACCAAUAAUUAAAUUAUUAGUAAUGGUACUGUAGAAAGCGUAAAUUAUAUACCAUAAUAUUGUUCACCUAAAAAUGGUUUUUGGGGUAUGAAUCAAAAUCCAGUGUAUAUAUUCUGUAAAUAAGCAAUUGGAGAUAAUGCAAACAGUGAAAAAAAAAAAGUAUUUCAAUAGUCAGAUUUUCUGAUAAUUAUGUAACGUAUAAUGGAAUUUAUUCGUAAUAUACGAUUUCAUUGAAGAAUUAUAAAAGAAUAGAUGGGACACUGCGCAAUAUAUCCUUAUAAUUGUCAGUUUCAA